UGGAGUGCCGGAGAUACACGCAUCAUGACUAUCAGAUUUGUGGUGCAGCUGGUAUUAGUGGGGGCCGUCCUCGCUGACCAGAGCUCUCAUGUAACCGUCCACAAUGUCGGUGCUUCGGUCUCCUAUGGUUCUCAUCACACACCCUCCUACCACCCACAACCUUCCUAUCCCCACCCGCAGCCUGCCUACCACCACCCUCAGCCUGCCUACCACCACCCCCAGCCUGCAUACCACCACCCUCAGCCUUCCUACGACCCCAAGCCAACCUACAAGCACGAACACGAGCCCGCCGUCCCCGCUUGCGCCACCAACACCACUAAGCCUUGGUGCCUUGAGGACGCCGAGUAUCCCACCUACGAGAUCAAGCACGCCGCUGAGCAACACUACGAGAAGGUCCUCUCCCUCUACGCUGACGUCGCUGACCUCAACACUGAGCUCUCCGUUGAGCGUCCGAAUGUUUUAGAAGAGGAGACUUACCUCUGCCCCUCAGAGACCGCCUACGUCAGGCCUCUUCGUGCCCAGAACACCAUCGGCAAAUGGCGAGUCAUCGUCAACAAUGUCGAUGUGCACUACCAGACUCUCUCCCAAACUACCCGCAUCGAGGAGUGCCUGACUUCAGGGGAAGCUUGUCCCAAGGUGCCAGUGUGCUACGAGACCAAGUGCCUGCAGAAGUUCAUCUAUCACCGCUUCCUCGUCUACGACCCCUAUGAUCAGUACUUCCCCUUCGCCAUCGAAUCAUUUAAGCUGCCCGCCAGCUGUGCCUGUCUGCUGGGCGCCUACACCAUCGACCACUGUCGAGGAGCACAAGCUGCUACUACAAGAUCCUAUGGUCCCUGGCAUGACUUCGUGAACAUGAAGAUACUUUGUGACAGCUCUUAUAAUGCUGAAUGUAUGUCUCUCUCCGUAGUGCCUAGAAGGGCCCCUGUGGGCACCACAGCUCCUGGCAGACCCCCUCGGAGGGCCCCCCUAGGGGCAUCGCGGCUCCCGGGAAGUCCCCUAGGGGCCGUGCCACCACUUAGGAGGUUUCUGGGUGCGCUGCCGCCCCUGGGAGGGCCCAUGGGGGCACCGCCGCUCUUGGGAGGGCUCCGGGGGCGCCACAGCCUUUGGAUGGGCCAUCAUGGCCACCAAACUCAUCAUGGCCACCAAGCUCAUCGUGGCCACCAAGUUCAUCAUGGCCACCAAGCUCAUCAUGGCUACCAAGCUCAUCAUGGCCACCAAGCUCACCGUGGUCACCAAGCUCAUCAUGGCCACCAAGCUCACCAUAGUACCCACGCUCACACAACCUCCGGUCACCACGAGCCCGCCGUCCCCGCUUGCGCCGCCAACACCACAAAGCCUUGGUGCCUGGAGGACUCCGAGUACCCCAUAAAGGACAUCCAACACGCCGCUGAGCACCACUAUCACUAUCUCCUCACCGUCUACGCUGACCUCGUCGAUCUCAACACCGAAGUCUCCGUCGAGCGUCCCAACACCUUGCCGGAGGAGACUUACCUCUGUCCCUCAAAGACCUCCUACGUCAAGCCUCUUCGUGCCCAGAACACCGACGGUAAGUGGCGCGUCAUCGUCAACAACAUCGAAGUUCAUUACGAAACAUUCACUCAGACCACCCGCAUCGAAGAGUGCCUGACAUCUGGCAGUGUUUGUCCCAAAGUGCCUGAGUGUUAUGAGUCCAAGUGCCUGCAGAAGUCCAUCUACCACCGCUUCCUCGUCUACGACUCUUAUGAUCAGUACUUCCCCUUCGCUAUCGAGACCUUCAAGCUGCCCGCCAGCUACAGCAGGAGUGCCACCUGGGUACAGUCUCCCACCUACACCAGUGUUCGACCUACACGAACGAUGGCUCUGAAAUUUGUGGUGUGUGCGGCCGUGAUGGCUGUGGUUCUGGCCGACCAGAGUUCCCACAUGAGCUUUAGUCUCGGCGGCGCCCCGUCUGUGAGUCACGGGUCCCCCUCUCCACCUGUGACCCCUUACCGCCCACUGUCACCUUCCUACCCCCCUCGCCACUCCUACCGUCCACAGCCACCAUACAAACCAGAGCCCUCGUACCACCCAGAGCCCAUGUACCACCCGGAGCCUUCCUAUCGUCCUAAACCUGCCUACCGUCCAAAACCCACUUAUCGCCCAGAACCCGCUUACCGUCCAGAACCUACCUACCGUCCUAAACCUACCUACCGUCCUGAACCAGCCUACCGUCCUGAACCAGCCUACCGUCCUGAACCUGCCUACCGUCCUGAGCCUGCGUACCGUCCUGUACCUCGGUAUUCUCCUAAGCCAACCUACCACCCUCAGCCUGCCCCCACACACGAGCCCGCCGUCCCCGCCUGUGCCUCUGACACCUCCAAGCCCUGGUGCCUCGAGGACAACGAAUAUCCCACCUACGAGAUCAAGCAUGCCGCUGAACAACACUUUGACAAACUCCUCACUCUCUACGCUGACGUGGCUGACCUCAGCACAGAAAAUUCUGUCUACCGUCCCAAGACCCUAGAGGAGGAGACUUACCUGUGUCCAUCAGAAACCGCUUACGUUAUGCCUCUCCGUGCCCAGAACACCGACGGUAUGUGGCGCGUCAUCGUCAACAACAUAGAAGUCCACUACCAAACCCUUACUCAGACAACACGUAUCGAAGAAUGCCUGAAUGCUGACUAUGCCUGUCCUCUGCUUCCUGAGUGUUACGAGUCCAAGUGCCUGCAGAAGUCCAUCUACCACCGCUUCCUCGUCUACGACCCCUAUGAUCAGUACUUCCCCUUCGCCAUCGAGACCUUCAAGCUGCCCGCCAGCUGUGCCUGUCUACUGGGUGCCUACACCAUCGACCACUAAGGCCAACACACCACAGAUAUUUGAUAACAAUAAAGUAUUAGAUAAUUAGAUCGUAACCAAAACUUUUGUGAAUCCUAUUUUUCUACCAUGUGUAGUCUAGGGGCACGAGCGGGUGGUUUCCUGUGAGAGCAACACUGCUGCUGCAGGAGCCACCGUCCCUGGCAUGAUGUACAGUGUCACGAACAAAAGUCCUCUCACCUCUUUCGCUGCUCCUCGAAUCCCGAGAUUCAGAAGGAGUAGAUAUUGAUGCAUUAUUCUGUCUACGGAUGCUUCGGAAUCAAGAUUUUGAAUCUCGGGGUUCGUGGAACAGCAGAAGAGGUGAAAGGACUUGUUCGUGACCGUACUCAGUGUUAUAAUACGUGAAGAAAGCAGUUCUCUAGUCAUCUCAAUGUGAUGUUGCCUGGAAAAAUAUUACCUUUAUUUUAUGUAUAUUUAUAUCGUACAGCAACUUCUUUUCCCGCACGCUCGUGGAAAUAAUAAACAAAUAAACGAUGCUAUUUUGA